AUGGUCACUGAAGUCCAAGAUGGCGGCGCCGGACUGCUUCUGUUGCGGGUGACGGAAGUGCCGGAAGUCCCGGAAGUGCCUCGGGUGGCCGGAAGUGCCAUCUAUGACCGGAAGUGCCGCCAUUUGACCAACCGCCAACGGUGCGUUUCGGGGCCCACAGAGAAGUUGAGCCUCGAGGCCGCAACCGCGCUUAGAGGGCCUGUUCGUCUUGUCAUCUCUCUCUCGGGGGAGAUGGACCUGAAGGUCUUGCGGUUCAAGAAUAAGAAGCUGGCAGAGCGGCUGGAGCAGCGCCAGGCUUGUGAAGAUGAACUCCGAGAACGGAUUGAGAAGCUGGAAAAGCGGCAGGCCACCGAUGACGCCACACUCCUCAUCGUCAACCGCUACUGGGCCCAGCUGGAGGUCACCGUGGAAGCCCUUCUCCGACGCCUUGAGAAGCAGCGGGACCUGGCUGCAGGUACACAGCCACCUGGGGCCCAGGGGGUGCCGACGUCAGACCUGAGGGAGACCCUGCCCGCGCAGCGACGGCCCCCACUCAGCGAGCCGGCGUUGGCUUUCCGGGUGAAACAGGGCGCCCCCAGCAGUGAGGAGGUGGGGCUGCAGGGCCGGAUGGAGUUCUCCAAGGCCGCUGUGUCGCGUGUGGUCGAGGCCUCAGCCCGCCUACAGCGCCAGGUGGAGGGACUCUGUCGGCGCAUCUGCAGUCGAGGGGGAGGUGAGCCCCGCGGCGAGGCGGCUCGGGCACGCACCCGGGAGCUGGGCUGUGAGAACCGGCGACUUCAGGCCUUGGCCACCGAGCUACAGGAGAAGCACCACUGCAUCUCCCUGGAGUACGCGGAGCUCCAGGAUAAAGUGACAUCAGCAGACACCAAAGUGCUAGAGAUGGAGACCACAGUCGAGGACCUGCAGUGGGACAUUGAGAAGCUGCACAAGCGUGAGCAAAAGCUCAAUAAGCACCUGGCGGAGGCCUUGGAGCAGCUGAACUCUGGCUACCAUGUAUCCGGUAGCUCCUCAGGUUUCCAGGGAGGCCAGAUCACACUCAGCCUGCAGAAGUUUGAGAUGCUGAACGCGGAGUUAGAGGAAAACCAGUUAUUGGCCAACAGCCACAUGGCAGAGCUGGAGAAGCUCCAGGUCGAACUUCAGGAGGCUGUGCGGACCAAUGAGCACCUCAAGGUGGCCCUACGGAGUCUUCCUAAGGAGGUGGUACAGGAGACGGAGGAGUACCAAGUGCUGCAGGCCCAGUUCUCACUGCUUUACAAUGAGUCUCUGCAAGUGAAGGCCCAGCUAGAGGAGGCCCGGGGACUGCUGCUGGCCACCAAGAACUCACACCUGAUGCACAUUGAGCACAUGGAGAGCGAUGAGUUGGGGCUGCAGAAGAAGCUGCGUACAGAGGUUAUCCAGAUGGAGGACACACUGGCCCAGGUACGCAAGGAGUAUGAGAUGCUGCGCAUCGAGUUUGAACAGAACCUGGCCGCCAACGAGCAGGCAGGGCCCAUCAACCGUGAGAUGCGCCAUCUGAUCAGCAGCCUUCAAAGUCACAACCACCAGCUAAAGGGGGAUGCCCAGCGAUACAAACGGAAGCUGCGGGAAGUGCAGGCUGAGAUUGGCAAGUUCCAGGCCCAGGCCAGUGGCUCUAUGCACUCUAUCCCUGAGGACUCUGGUCUCAGUGCCCCAGAUCCAGGGCAAGAAGAGGGCGGGCCAGGCCCUAUUGGUGACCACGAAAGCAGAAAGGAGAUGGUUUCAAUGCCUGGUGCCACCAUGACUACCUCCUUAGCAAAGAUAGAGGAACUGGUCCCCUUUGAGGAAGAUGCUCAGGCCUUAACUCCCAGGGCCCCAGGCCCCUCCUCUUGGGUCCGAGAACCUGAGCCCAGGCCCCAAUGGGAGCUUCAGGAGUGGGAAGGGUUUGGCCUGGGAGCCCAAUCUAUGGCCUCAGCAUAUUCAAGAGCUGAUCGGGAAAAGGCCAAGGUGGAGGAGCCCAAGAGGAAAGAGUCCGAAUUCCUCAAAUGUCUUCGAGCAGACCUCAAGAAGGCCCAGGAAAGCCAGAAGGAGAUGAAGCUGCUGCUGGACAUGUACAGAACAGUGCCUAAGGAGCAACGAGAUAAGGUGCAGCUUAUGGCAGCUGAAUGCAAGAUCAAGGCCGAGGUCAGUGAGCUACGGAAUCACAUCCGAGAAUUGGAGGAGAGAGAUCAGAGGGAGAGGAAGAAGAUUGCGGACGAGGAUGCCAUGCGGCGCAUUCGGCAGGCAGAGGAGCAGAUAGAACAUCUGCAGCGCAAGUUGGGUGCCACCAAGCAGGAGGAGGAGGCUCUGCUGUCAGAGAUGGAUGUGACAGGUCAGGCUUUUGAGGACAUGCAAGAGCAAAAUAGGCGGCUGCUACAGCAGUUGCGGGAAAAGGAUGAUGCCAACUUUAAGCUGAUGUCAGAGCGGAUCAAGGCCAACCAGAUUCAUAAGCUGCUGCGAGAGGAGAGGGAUGAGCUGGGCGAGCAGGUUCUUUGCCUCAAGUCUCAGGUGGAUGCCCAGCUGCUGACCAUGCAGAAGCUGGAGGAAAAAGAGCAGGCCUUGCAGGGCAGCCUUGGAGGUGUGGAAAAGGAGCUGAUGCUAUGCAACCAGGCCCUGGAGCUCAGUAAAAGGAAGGCUGUGGAAUCAGCCCAGCUGGCCGAAGACCUGAAGGUGCAGCUGGAGCAUGUGCAGACACGGCUGCGAGAGAGCCAGCCUUGCUUGGCAGAGAGCCGUGCUGCUCGAGAGAAAGAGAGCUUCAACCUCAAGAGGGCUCAGGAGGACAUCUCACGGCUGCGGCGCAAGCUGGAGAAGCAGAGGAAGGUGGAGGUUUAUGCAGAUGCUGAUGAAAUCCUCCAGGAGGAGAUCAAGGAGUACAAGGCACGGUUGACCUGCCCCUGCUGUAACAUACGCAAGAAGGAUGCGGUGCUUACCAAGUGCUUCCACGUUUUCUGCUUUGAGUGUGUGCAGGGCCGCUAUGAGGCCCGCCAGAGGAAGUGCCCCAAGUGCAAUGUGGCCUUUGGUGCCCAUGACUUCCACCGUAUCUACAUCAGUUGAACCUGUAACUCAGGUAACGUUGGAACACCUAUGGACCCUAGGUACUAUGCCCCAAGUUCUUCCCCACCCUUUGUUCUGUAUCCUGUGGGCCCAGCUUCUCCCUCUCCCCAUCUAGUUGUUUGAGGUCCCUAGUACAUGUUGGUGAGCGUGGAGUCAGCCAAGUUCCACCUUUUUCCCCUGUCAGAGCUGAGGCACCUCCUCUGCUGGAAAGAUAUGCUAUGAGAUAUCAAAUGGGCCCAGAGCAUCCGACUAAGCUUCCUGAAAGCUGGCCCCAACCCUUUCAUCUCCACAGGCCCAUCCCAGCCCUAAGGGGGAAGUUCCCCAGGCUGUGACCUCCGUGAAAGAGGAGGCUGACUGCUUGCUUACACACCCACAAGUGGGGAUCAGGUGGGUCAGGUCUCCAGUCUCUUGCUCUGAGAUUAGACACUGGAGCCCAGGGAGUCUUUCUUCACUCCCUGCCCUCCAAGCAUGGGCAAGGUUUCCCUGCCUGUGGAGUUCCC